AUGGGUAACAAGGGCGAAACUACCGCCAUGGACUCUAGAAGUCCUAAGGGCAAUUCUUCUAUCUGGCGGUUGCUCCACGUCCUCAAGCACGCCACCAAGAACCGACAAACCGACACAGACUCCUUGAAAAGCAAAGCCAGCGACCUGCCUUCUAUGCCCAGCACACCUCAAAGCAGCAGCACCGAGGGCAACACAGUGCCCACCCGAUUCAAUGUGGAUGAGUUCAGAAUGCGCGCUCUACGCAGCAACACAUUUUCAGCUGUGCCCCCAAAUUCCAACCCAGUCAUUGCAUCAGAGUCUACCCGCCAAACCCUCUCCAGUGUUCCCCAGAACGUCGCAUCCAAGAAUGAUUCCCAGGCAUCCGUUGCCCCCAGCAGUACCGACACCCCUACAGCUUCUAAACCUCAAAAGAGCCGCAAGUCACGCAAGCCCGCCAUGAUCACUCCUGAACUCAUGCAGCAGAUCCAAAUCUCCAACAAGAAGCGCAGUGGCGGUGCUCUGCGGGAUAAUGGUGAGCUUCGCAAGAAGAAUCUGGGAACUGCGACUGUGACGAAUAGAGCCAAGGCUGUUGUCGCUAGCCCUCUUCGGUGGUCAGAGGAGUAG